AUGUCUGAAGAACGAAGAUUGGAAGGGAAGGUUGCAAUAGUUACAGGGGGGGCAGCAGGCCUUGGAGAAGCCACUGUUCGGCUUUUCACCAAAAAUGGAGCAAAAGUCAUAAUUGCAGACAUUGCAGAUGAUGCUGGUCAUAUGCUUGCACAAUCUCUCUCACAGUGGGCAACUUUUAUUCAUUGUGAUGUGACCAAAGAGCAAGAUGUUAGUGCAGCAGUGGAUUUGGCGAUGGAAAAGCAUGGGCAACUGGACAUUAUGUUUAACAAUGCCGGUACUGGGGAUAACCGUACAACUAGUGUUGCAGAAUAUGAGAUGGAGAUGUAUGAACCCACCAUGAAUGUAAAUGUAAAAGGUGUAAUGCAUGGCCUUAAGCAUGCAGCUCGCAUUAUGAUACCCAAUAGAAAAGGCUGUAUAAUUUCUACUGCGAGUAUUGCAGGGAGUAUUGGAGGCAAUGCACCUUAUGCAUACACAGCCUCAAAACAUGCAGUAAUAGGCCUCACUAAGAAUGGUGCAGCUGAGCUUGGGAAAUAUGGUAUCAGAGUCAACUGUAUUUCUCCUUCAUACGUUACAACGGGGCUUCUAAUGGAGUCUUUGGGGAAAAAAGAUAAGGGUGAAGCGGAGGUCUGGAUUAGCAGCAUAAGCAACUUGAAGGGAGUGGUUCUUAAAGAAGAGGAUAUUGCACAGGCUGCUCUUUUUUUGGCCAGUGAUGAAUCAAAAUUUAUCAGUGGUCACAAUCUUGUUGUGGAUGGAGGAUUCUCAGUUGUAAACCACAAUGGGGGACUGUACAGGCCAUAACUCGUUUGCAUGUUUGUUCAGUGAUUUGAAAGAGCUUUAGAAUAAUAUAGUUAGUUCUUCAUAGGAUUGCUUGUGUAGAGUUUGUAGAUAAGAGCUUUAGAAUAAUUAACUUAGUUCUUCGUAGGAUUGCCUGUGUAGAGUUUGUUGAGAAGAGCUUUAGAAUAAUAAAGUUAGUUCUUCAUAAGAUAGCUUGCAUAGAGUUUGUAGUGUAGAGUACAGGAUAAUUCAAUAUAAGCAGAUGUGAACAAAGUUUGAUAUUCGAGUUGUUCAAGAGCUUUGUAAUAACUCUAUUCUUAUUUGUUUAU